UGUGACACCAGUUCAUUUCACUUGUAAAUGCUGCACUGACCAAACAUUGGGGUGCAUAUCUUUUGUUUUUCAUAGCAGAGGUCUGUCACCCCGGAUCGGAGCAUCCGGACAGCUGCAUCUGGAGCAAAGGAGCGCUGUGCUGUUUGAAGGUUUCUACAGGGGGAAAAAGCACUGGAGCAAUGAGUCGCAUCCUUCAUCCACAGGUGUUGACCAUCUGGAUUACACUAAUCUCCAGGGCAACGGCUGACCUGACCUGCGACACUCUGCUCCUUCUCUCCACAAAUCUUACAGCUCGUACUUUGAUCCUGUGGAAUCUGACGUCCAGUCCCACGAACUCAACAGGUCUGUUCUGUAACACUUCAAUAGAUGGUAUUGGGACGUGCUGGCCAAGGAGUAGUGCUGGAGAAGUGGUGUCUCGUCCCUGUCCGGAGACCUUCCUGGGAGUCCGAUACAACACCACCAAUAAUGUGUACAGAGAAUGUCUUGCCAAUGGUACCUGGGCAAAGAAGGGCAACUACUCCCAAUGUCAAGAAAUCCUUAACGAGGAGAAAAAGAGCAAGCUGCAUUACCACAUCGCAGUCAUCAUAAACUACUUGGGACACUGUAUUUCUCUGGGAGCCCUGCUGGUUGCCUUUAUCCUCUUUAUGAGACUCAGGAGUAUUCGGUGUCUGAGAAAUAUCAUCCACUGGAACCUGAUUACAGCAUUUAUCCUGCGGAAUGCCACCUGGUUCGUAGUGCAGCUCACCAUGAAUCCAGAGGUGCAUGAGAGCAAUGUGAUCUGGUGCAGGCUGGUCACAGCAGCGUAUAAUUAUUUCCAUGUGACAAACUUCUUCUGGAUGUUUGGAGAGGGCUGCUAUCUGCACACAGCCAUAGUGCUGACCUACUCCACAGACAAACUGAGGAAGUGGAUGUUCAUCUGUAUAGGCUGGUGUAUUCCAUUCCCCAUUAUUGUUGCAUGGGCCAUUGGCAAACUAUAUUAUGACAACGAAAAGUGCUGGUUUGGGAAGCGGGCUGGCAUUUAUACUGACUAUAUUUACCAGGGUCCCAUGAUCUUGGUGCUACUGAUUAACUUCAUUUUUCUCUUCAACAUUGUGAGGAUCCUAAUGACUAAACUGAGAGCUUCUACCACUUCAGAAACUAUUCAGUACAGAAAAGCAGUGAAAGCCACUCUGGUUCUUCUGCCUCUGCUGGGCAUUACCUACAUGCUUUUUUUCGUCAACCCUGGCGAAGAUGAGAUCUCACAGAUUGUCUUCAUCUACUUCAACUCUUUCCUAGAGUCCUUUCAGGGCUUCUUUGUGUCGGUCUUCUACUGCUUUUUGAACAGUGAGGUUCGCUCAGCUGUUCGUAAACGGUGGCAUCGCUGGCAGGAUAAGCACUCCAUUCGAGCACGAGUGGCACGGGCCAUGUCCAUUCCCACAUCUCCAACACGGGUCAGUUUCCACAGCAUCAAGCAGUCGUCUGCCAUCUGA